AUGACGCUGCAUUAUAAUCCUCCCCCUUCAAAGACUCCACAGGUCCGCCUGGUGAAUGGUGGCAGUCGCUGUGCAGGCAGAGUGGAGAUCCUUUACCAGUAUACCUGGGGCACUGUCUGUGGAGACGGCUGGGACCUGAAUGAUGCCCACGUGGUGUGCAGACAAAUGGGCUGUGGAAUGGCCCUCGAUGCCAUGAACUAUUCACAAUUUGGGAAGGGAUUAGGACCCAUCUGGCUGGAUGAACUGAAGUGCACAGGAGAGGAGGACCAAGUGUGGCAGUGCCCUUCUCUAGGCUGGGGACAUCAUUACUGCACACACAAGUGGGAUGCAGGUGUCAUCUGCUCAGGAUUUGUGCGUUUGGAUGGAGGAGGUGGACCCUGCUCUGGGCAAGUGGAAGUGAAUUCUGGAGGAGGAUGGACUCCAGUACAUUAUGGGAAUUUCACAUAACCCACUGCCCAGGUCAUCUGUGCAGAGCUGGGGUGUGGCAAGGCAGCAUCUUUUCUCUUGGACCUGCCCCUCAGAGAGGCCAAUGAACAGGUCUGGGCUGAAGAGUUCCAGUGUAAGGGAUGGGAGCCUGAGCUCUGGUUCUGUCCCAGAGUGCCCUGUCCUGCAGGCAGCUGCCAACACAGAGGGGCUGUGCAAGUUCUCUGCUCAGAGUACACAGAAGUCAGGCUCAUGAAAAAUGGCAGCUCUCAGUGUGAGGGACAAGUGGAGAUGAAGACCUCUGGAGGCUGGAGAACACUCUGUGCCUCCCACUGGAAUAUGGCCAAUGCCAAUGUUGUUUGCCAUCAGCUGGGCUGUGGGGUUGCCAUCUCCACCCCAAAGGGAGCAUACUUUGUGGAAGGAGGAGAUGAGAUCUGGAGAGACCGAUUCCACUGCUCAGGGUCUGAGUCCCUCCUGUGGAAUUGUCCUGUGACUGCCCUGGGUGUUCCUGCCUGUGCCCAUGGAAACACAGCCUCUAUGGUCUGUUCAGGUAGCCAGACCCAGCUGCUGCCCCAGUGCAAUAACUCCUGGUCUGACCCAGCAGGCUCUGUAGACACAGAAGGGCACACUCUCAACUGCUCAGACAGAAGACAGCUCUGCCUGGUGGAUGGGGGCAGUCGCUGUGCAGGGAGAGUGGAGAUCCUGCAGCAGGGCUCUUGGGGCUCCAUCUGUGAUGACAGCUGGGACCUGAGUGAUGCCCAUGUGGUGUGCAGACAGCUGGGCUGUGGAGUGGCCCUGGAGGCCACCAUCUCUGCUCACUUUGGAGAGGGAUCAGGGCCCAUCUGGCUGGAUGAGCUGAAUUGUACAGGAGAGGAGACUCAUGUGUGGCAGUGCCCUUCCCAGGGCUGGGGGCAGCACAACUGCAGACAUAAGGAAGAUGCUGGGGUCAUCUGCUCAGAGUUCCUGGCCCUCAGGUUGGUGAGCGAGGACCAGGAGUGUGCUGGGUGGCUGGAGGUUUUCUACAACAACACCUGGGGCAGUGUCUGCCACAGCCCCAUGGAAGCUGUGACCUUGUCCGUGAUCUGCAGACAGCUUGGCUGUGGGAACAGUGGGAUUCUCAACUCUUCUGUUCCUCUCAGAGAAGGUUCUAGGCGCCGUUGGGUGGAUGGAAUCCAGUGUAGGAAAACGGACACCUCUCUCUGGCAGUGUCCUUCUGUCCCCUGGAAACGGAGAUCUUGCUCUGCAAAGGAGGAAGCUUAUAUCAUGUGUUCAGAGAGCCCAAAGCUCCGCCUGGUGGAUGGGGACAGUCGCUGUGCAGGCAGAGUGGAGAUCCUUUACCAGCAUUCCUGGGGCACUGUCUGUGAUGACAACUGGGACCUGAAAGAAGCUCAUGUGGUGUGCAGACAAAUUGGCUGUGGUGAGGCCCUCAAUGCCAUGCACAAGGCACCCUUUGGGAAGGGAUCAGGGCCCAUCUGGCUGGAUGAGCUGAAGUGCACAGGAGAGGAGUCCCAUCUGUGGCAGUGCCUUUCAGAGGACUGGGGCAAAAAUGACUGCUCACACAGUGAAGAUGCAGGAGUCAUCUGCUCAGGAUUUGUGCAUUUGAAUGGAGGAGGUGGACCCUGCUCUGGGCGAGUGGAAGUGAAUUCUGGAGAAGAAUGGAGUCCAGUAUCUGAUGGGAAUUUCACAUUACCCACAGCCCAGGUCAUCUGUGCAGAGCUAGGUUGUGGCAAGGCUGCAUCUGUCCUAAGGAACCUGCCCUUCAGAGAGGAUAGUGAACGGGUCUGGGCUGAAGAGUUCCAGUGUGAGGGGCAGGAGCCUGGCCUCUGGUUCUGCCCCAGAGUGCCCUGUCCUGGAGGCAGCUGCCCCCACAGAGGGGAUGUGCAAGUUGUCUGCUCAGGAUACACAGAAGUCAGGCUCAUGAAAAAUGGCAGCUCUCAGUGUGAGGGUCAAGUGGAGAUGAAGACCUCUGGAGGCUGGAGAACACUCUGUGCCUCCCACUGGAAUAUGGCCAAUGCCAAUGUAGUUUGCCGUCAGCUGGGCUGUGGAGUCGCCAUCUCCACCCCAAAAGGAGCAUACUCUGUGGAAGGAGGAGAUGAGAUCUGGAGAGACCGAUUCCACUGCUCAGGGUCUGAGUCCUUCUUGUGGAAUUGCCCUGUGACUGCCCUGGGUGUUCCUGCCUGUGCCCAUGGAAACACAGCCUCUGUGGUCUGCUCAGGAAACCAGACCCAGCUGCUGCCCCAGUGCAACGAUUUCUGGUCUGACCCAGCAGAUUCUGAAGCCUCAGAGGGCCACACUGCCAAUUGCUUAGACAAUAAACAGCUCCACCUGGUGGAUGGGGGCAGUCACUGCGCAGGGAGAGUGGAAAUCCUGCAGCAGGGCUCCUGGGGCUCCAUCUGUGAUGACAGCUGGGACCUGAAUGAUGCCCAUGUGGUGUGCAGACAGCUGGGCUGUGGAGUGGCCCUGGAGACCACCAUCUCUGCUCACUUUGGAGAGGGAUCAGGGCCCAUCUGGUUGGACGACCUGAACUGCACAGGAGAGGAGGCCUAUGUGUGGCAGUGCCCUUCCCAGGGCUGGGGACAGCACAACUGCAGUCACAAAAAGGACGUAGGGGUCAUCUGCUCAGAGUUCUUGGCCCUCAGGCUGGUGAGCCACAACCAAAAAUGUGCUGGGUGGCUGGAGGUUUUCUACAACAACACCUGGGGCAGUGUCUGCCACAGCCCCAUGGAACCCAUGACUUUGUCCAUGAUCUGCAGUCAGCUUGGCUGUGGGGAAACUGGGACACUAGAUUUCUUGAUUCCUUCUAGGGAAGGUUCUAGACCUCGCUGGGUGGAUGGAAUCCGCUGUCGGGAAACUGAUACCUCUCUCUGGCAGUGUCCUUCUGACCCCUGGAAACACCAAUCUUGCUCUGCAAAGGAGGAAGCUCAUAUCACAUGUACAGAGAGCCCACAGCUCCGCCUGGUGGAUGGUGGUAGUCGCUGUGCAGGCAGAGUGGAGAUCAUUCACCAGCAUUCCUUGGGCACUGUCUGUGGUGACAGCUGGGACCUGAAAGAUGCCCACGUGGUGUGCAGACAGCUGGGCUGUGGAGUGGCCUUCAAUGCCUUGCUCUAUGAACAAUUUGGAGAGGGAUCGGGGCCCAUCUGGUUGACAGAGCUGGCGUGCACAGGAGAGGAGGCCUACUUGUGGAAUUGCCCUUCCCUGGGCUGGGGAAAGAACAACUGUGGGCACUCUGAAGAUGCAGGAGUCAUCUGCUCAGGAUUUGUGCAUCUGGUUGGAGGACAGGGAUCUUGCUCUGGGCGAGUGGAAGUGAAUUCUGGAGGAGAGUGGAUUCCAGUAUCUGAUGGGAAUUUCACAUUAGCCACAGCCCAGGUCAUCUGUGCAGAGAUGGGUUGUGGCAAGGCUGCAUCUGUCCUGGGGAACCUGCCCUUCAGAGAAGACAGUGAACAGAUCUGGGCUGAAGAAUUUCAGUGUAAGGGGCAGGAGCCUGGCCUCUGGUUCUGCCCCAGAGUGCCCUGUCCUGCAGGCAACUGCCCCCACAAAGGAGCUGUGCAAGUUGUCUGCUCAGGAUAUACAGAUGUUCGGCUCAUGAAAAAUGGCAGCUCUCAGUGUGAGGGUCAAGUGGAGAUGAAGACCUCUGGAGGCUGGAAAACUCUCUGUGCCUCCCACUGGAAUAUGGCCAAUGCCAAUGUAGUUUGCCGUCAGCUGGGCUGUGGGGUUGCCAUCUCCACCCCAAAGGGAGCAUACUUUGUGGAAGGAGGAGAUGAGAUCUGGAGAGACCGAUUCCACUGCUCAGGGUCUGAGUCCUUCUUGUGGAAUUGCCCUGUGACUGCCCUGGGUGUUCCUGCCUGUGCCAAUGGAAACACGGCCUCUGUGGUCUGCUCAGGAAGCCAGACCCAGAUGCUACCCCAGUGCAAUGACUCCUGGUCAGACCCAGCAGGCUCUGCAGCCUCAGAGGGCCACACUGCCAACUGCUCAGACAGCAGACAGCUCCGCCUGGUGGAUGGGGGCAGUCACUGCGCAGGGAGAGUGGAGAUUCUGCAGCAGGGCUCCUGGGGCUCCAUCUGUGAUGACAGCUGGGACCUGAGUGAUGCCCAUGUGGUGUGCAGACAGCUGGGCUGUGGUGUGGCCUUGGAGGCCACCAUCUCUGCUCACUUUGGAGAGGGAUCAGGGCCCAUCUUGCUGGAUGAGGUGAACUGUACAGGAGAGGAGGCCCAUGUGUGGCAGUGCCCUUCCCAGGGCUGGGGGAAGCACAACUGCAGUCACAAGAAGGAUGCAGGGGUCAUCUGCUCAGACUUCCUGGCUCUCAGGCUGGUGAGCGAGAACCAGGAGUGUGCUGGGUGGCUGGAGAUUUUCUACAACAACACCUGGGGCAGCAUAUGCCACAGCCCCAUGGAACCUGUGACCUUGUCCGUGAUCUGCAGACAGCUUGGCUGUGGGGAUACUGGGACUCUGGAUUUCUUGGUACCUUCGAGGGAAGGUUCUAGACCCCGCUGGGUGGAUGGAAUUCACUGUCGAAAAACUGACACCUCUCUCUGGCAGUGUCCUUCUGACCCCUGGAAACAUCAAUCUUGCUCACCAAAGGAGGAAGCUCAUAUCACAUGUACAGAGAGCCCACAGCUUCGCCUGGUGGAUGGUGGCAGUCGCUGUGCAGGCAGAGUGGAGAUCCUUCACCAGCAUUCCUGGGGCACUGUCUGUGAUAACAGCUGGGAUCUGAAAGAUGCUCAUGUGGUGUGCAGACAGCUGGGCUGUGGAAUGGCCUUCAAUGCCUUGUUCUAUGCACAAUUUGGAGAGGGAUCUGGACCCAUCUGGCUGACAAAGCUGAAGUGCACAGGAGAGGAGGACUACUUGUGGAAUUGCCCUGCCAUAGGCUUGGGAAAGAACAACUGUAGGCACUAUAGUGAUGCAGGAGUCAUCUGCUCAGGAUUUGUGCAUCUGGUUGGAGGACAUGGACCUUGCUCUGGGCGAGUGGAAGUGAAUUCUGGAGGAAAGUGGAUUCCAGUAUCUGAUGGGAAUUUCACAUUAUCCACAGCCCAGGUCAUCUGUGCAGAGCUGGGGUGUGGCAAGGCUGCAUCUGUCCUGGAGAACCUGCCCUUCAGAGAGGACAGUGAACAGAUCUGGGCUGAAGAGUUCCAGUGUGAGGGGCAGGAGACUGGCCUCUGGUUCUGUCCCAGAGUGCCCUGCCCUGCAGGGAGCUGCCCCCACAGAGGGGCUGUGCAUGUUGUCUGCUCAGGAUAUACAGAUGUUCGGCUCAUGAAAAAUGGCAGCUCUGGGUGUGAGGGUCAAGUGGAGAUGAAGACCUCUGGAGGCUGGAGAACACUCUGUGCCUCCCACUGGAAUAUGGCCAAUGCCAAUGUUGUUUGCCGUCAAUUGGGCUGUGGGAUUGCCAUCUCCACCCCAAAGGGAGCAUACUUUGUGGAAAGAGGAGAUGAGAUCUGGAGAGACCGAUUCCACUGCUCAGGGUUUGAGUCCUUCUUGUGGAAUUGCCCUGUGACUGCCCUGGGCGUUCCUGCCUGUGCCCAUGGAAACACAGCCUCUGUGGUCUGCUCAGGAAACCAGAUCCAGCUGCUGUCCCAGUGCAAUGACUCCUGUUCUGACCCAGAAAGCUCUGCAGCCUCAGAGGGCCACUCUGACAACUGCUCAGACAGCAGACAGCUCCGCCUGGUGGAUGGGGGAAGUCACUGUGCAGGGAGAGUGGAGAUCCUGCAGCAGGGCUCUUGGGGCUCCAUCUGUGAUGACAGCUGGGACCUGAGUGAUGCCCACGUGGUGUGCAGACAGCUGGGCUGUGGAGUGGCCCUGGAGGCCACCAUCUCUGCUCACUUUGGAGAGGGAUCAGGGCCUAUCUGGCUGGAUGAGCUGAACUGCACAGGAGAGGAGGCCCAUGUGUGGCAGUGCCCUUCCCAGGGCUGGGGACAGCACAACUGUAGUCACAAGAAAGAUGCUGGAGUCAUCUGCUCAGAGUUCCUGGCCCUCAGGCUGGUGAGCGAGGACCAGAAGUGUGCUGGGUGGCUGGAGAUUUUCUAUAAUAAAACCUGGGGCAGUGUCUGCCACAGCCAUAUGGAACCCAUGACCUUAUCCAUGAUCUGCAGACAACUUGGCUGUGGAGACACUGGGACUCUGGAUUUCUUGGUUCCUCCCAGAGAACGUUCUAGACCCCACUGGGUAGAUGGAAUCCACUGUCGGGAAACUGAUACCUCUCUCUGGCAGUGUCCUUCUGACCCCUGGAAACACCAAUCUUGCUCUGCAAAGGAGGAAGCUCAUAUCACAUGUACAGAGACCCCAAAGCUCCGCCUGGUGGACAGUGGCAGUCGCUGUGCAGGCAGAGUGGAGAUCCUUCACCAACAUUCCUGGGGCACUGUCUGUGAUGAGAGAUGGGACCUGAGAGAUGCCCAUGUGGUGUGCAGACAAAUUGGCUGUGGAGUUGCCAUUGAUGCCAUGCACCAUGCACAAUUUGGGGAAGGAUCAGGGCCCAUCUGGCUGAGCCAGCUGCAGUGCACAGGAGAGGAGGACCAAGUGUGGAAGUGCCCAUCUCAUGGCUGGGGGCAGCACGACUGUGCACACAGUGAGGAUGCAAGUGUCAUCUGCUCAGGAUUUGUGCGUUUGGAUGGAGGAGGUGGACCUUGCUCUGGGCGAGUGGAAGUGAAUUCUGGAGGAGGAUGGACUCCAGUAUCUUAUGGGAAUUUCACAUUACCCACUGCCCAGGUCAUCUGUGCAGAGCUGGGGUGUGGCAAGGCAGCAUCUUUUCUCUUGGACCUGCCCCUCAGAGUGGCCAGUGAACUGGUCUGGGCUGAAGAGUUCCAGUGUAAGGGAUGGGAGCCUGAGCUCUGGUUCUGCCCCAGAGUGCCCUGUCCUGCAGGCAGCUGCCCCCACAGAGGGGUUGUGCAAGUUGUCUGCUCAGAGUACACAGAAGUCAGGCUCAUGAAAAAUGGCAGCUCUCAGUGUGAGGGUCAAGUGGAGAUGAAGACCUCUGGAGGCUGGAGAACACUCUGUGCCUCCCACUGGAAUAUGGCCAAUGCCAAUGUAGUUUGCCGUCAGCUGGGCUGUGGAGUCGCCAUCUCCACCCCAAAGGGAGAGUACUUUGUGGAAGGAGGAGAUGAGAUCUGGAGAGACCGAUUCCACUGCUCAGGAUCUGAGUCCUUCCUGUGGAAUUGCCCUCUGACUGCCCUGGGUGUUCCUGCCUGUGCCCAUGGAAACACAGCCUCUGUGGUCUGCUCAGGUAACCAGACUGAGUUGCUGCCCCAGUGCAGUGACUCCUGGUCUGACCCAGCAGACUCUGCAGCCUCAGAGGGGCACAUCACCAACUGCUCAGACAGCAGACAGCUCCGCCUGGUGGAUGGGGGCAGUCGCUGUGCAGGGAGAGUAGAGAUCCAGCAGCUGGGCUCCUGGGGCUCCAUCUGUGAUGACAGCUGGGACCUGAGUGAUGCCCACGUGGUGUGCAGACAGCUGGGCUGUGGAGUGGCCCUAGAGGCUACCAUCUCUGCUCACUUUGGAGAGGGAUCAGGGCCCAUCUGGCUGGAUGAGCUGAACUGCACAGGAGAGGAGACCCAUGUGUGGCAGUGCCCUUCCCAGGGCUGGGGGCAGCACAACUGCAGGCACAAAGAAGACGCUGGGGUCAUCUGCUCAGAGUUCCUGGCCCUCAGGUUGGUGAGCAAGGACCAGGAGUGUGCUGGGUGGCUGGAGGUUUUCUACAACAACACCUGGGGUAGUAUCUGCCACAGCCCCAUGGAAGCUGUGACCUUGUCCGUGAUCUGCAGACAGCUUGGCUGUGGGGACACUGGGACUCUCAACACUUCUGUUCCUCUCAGAGAAGGUUCUAGACCACGUUGGGUGGAUGGAAUCCAGUGUAGGAAAACGGACACCUCUCUCUGGCAGUGUCCUUCUGACCCCUGGAAACAAAGAUCUUGCUCUGCAAAGGAGGAAGCUUAUAUCAUGUGUUCAGGAAACAGACCCAAGAGCUGUCCAGCCAAUGCACCCUGCACAGACAAAGAGAAGCUCCGACUCAGGGGAGGAGACAGCGAGUGCUCAGGGCGAGUGGAGGUUUGGCAUGAAGGCACCUGGGGCACUGUGUGUGAUGACUCCUGGAGCCUGGCAGAGGCUGAGGUGGUGUGUCAGCAGCUGGGCUGUGGCUCUGCCCUGGAAGCCCCAGGGGAGGCUGCAUUUGGCCCUGGAAAUGGAAGCAUCUGGCUGGAUGAGGUGCAGUGCAGGGGCAGGGAGCCCUCCCUGCAGGCCUGUGCUGCAGCACCCUGGGGACAGAGUGACUGCAAGCAUGAGGAGGACGCUGGUGUGAGGUGCUCUGGUGAAAGGACAACAGCUCACCCCACCAGGAGAAGCACCAGUUCAGCCUCAGCUCCUGUCCCUGGCAUCUUCUCCUUACCUGGGAUCCUCUGCAUGAUCCUGGGAGCCCUUCUCUUUCUUGUUCUCAUCAUCCUGGUAACUCAGCUGCUCAGAUGGAGAGUACAGCGCCAAGCCUUAUCCACUUUUGAAGAUGCUGUUGAUGAGGUCCUGUACCAGGAGAUAGAUUACCCCAUAAAUCCAGAGAAGGAGAGCCUGCUGAACAGCCCAGGAACCAUAUCCGAUGAUGGCUCAGCAACUAUGCUACCCUAUUACACAGGGGACAAUGAGGAGAAUGGAGACCCUGAACCUGCCCCAGAACCUGGAGGACAGCAUGCAGUUGCCACAAGCAGUGGUUAUGAUGAUGUUGAAGAGAUACCUGUUCCUGAAAAUCCUUCUUCAUUUGUAAUGAGGGAGAAGAAUUUUUUCUCAGAAGAGGGAGGUGGUUCCAGGUGUUCUCAUACAGGCAUCUCUCCUCAGUCUCUCAAAGAAGCUGACAAUUCUAACAUGGAAGAGACAGCAUCCUUAUUUGUCCUGAGAAAAGAAGACCCUGGAUAUGAUGAUGUUGAGUCUAACACCUUGUAGUGGUGUUUUGUUGUGUUUUGUAUUUUGUGUAACCAAGUCUGCAGAUAACUCCUUAUAAUAUUGUUUCCUGAUAAAAGAGAGUUCUGUCUUCUUCAUUACUAGAAAGUUUCUACAUUCAUUACUGGAAAGUUUCUCAUUUGCAAUAAAUACUCUGAGCCUCAAA